GGCAGGGACUGGUAAUGGGAGGAGGGGAAUCCAGUUUCAAUGUGACCCCCCUCCUCCUCCCUCCUCCCCUGGCCUCACCUGUCUGUAGGUAAGCAGAGGGGGAGGGACUCUGCAGGUCUCGUGGGAAGAGGCCAGGACACACCUUGAAACUCACACUCAGGAUAGAGAGCUGACAGGGUGAGGAGACACAGAAAAUAUCCCAAACUAGCAGAGUCUGAGUCCCAGAGACCCUCAGUGUGAGCCUCAGGGGGCUGCAAGCCCAGGACAUUGUAUGGAGUGGGAGUGACUGACUGGUUUCAAGUGAAACUCAUCCAGAGACAGUCUGCUGAGACAGGAAGUAGCAGUCAGUCUCUAAUAGGGAGUCAGUGAGCUUUAUACAAAACCCAGGCUCAGGGUAACAUGAAGGACAUGGAUUCUAACCCCAGAUACAGUCACAGACCCCAGGUAAGUCUCUAACCUACCUGGAUGUGGGAUCUGUCUGUCUGUCUGUCUGUCUGUGUAUUAUAUUGGUUACCUGUGUUAUUACUGGGUUACCUGUCACCAGUUCUCUGUUGUUAAUCUGGUUUAUUAUCCAUUAGACACUUUGUUGACUAGAAUUGUUUGAAACCUGUAACAUUCCUACAACUUGGCCUUUGGGUAAAAGCAGCCUCUGGUCAGGACAGGGUUAAUGUUAUUAUCUAUCAGAGCAUACAGCUUGAUAUGGCUAGUUAACCCCUGGGGUGAUUACACUAAUCCUGUGUGUUAUUGUGUACCUUCACAUGUGCUGCCUGUAUAGAUAUGGAUAUUGUGUAACAGAAUAAUGUUUUCCUGUAGAAACCCCGAAUCCGGUUUGAGGCCAAAGUCUAGCUUCUUCCAGCAAUCUGCUGCUUACUAGAUUAGUAUGGAGUAUCUGCACUGCAUGCCCCUAGUGUGAGAUGUGACCAGCCACCAACAUAUACAUCAUUUAACCUCUGCAUUGUUCCUGAGCGGUCAGGCUGAUUGUUGAUGUACUUUGUAUAAGACUGAGUUACCUUAUACAGGACAUAAAACAAGAGGAUGAUGAUUAACUUCAUCCGGUUUCUAAUUAUUGGCUUUUUGGGUUUUCAUGUGUUUUGCAAUCUGUUUAACGGCAGGAAAUGGGUUAACAGAAUUCAUUGGCUCAUUUUUAUUUAUUUUUUUUAAUUGUGAAAUUUGUGUUCUGGCGUAUUACUUUCCAUUUAAUAUAGGGUUAAAGUGAAACAAUUUCUGGGAUCUGAGCAAUACAAAACACUAGCCUGUGUAUAGAUCAAAUUGCUAUACUGGAUGGGGGUGGGGGGGGGGGGGGUUGUAUGCCAAAAGAAAUGUUAUUGACGUUGGUUACUGUGCCAAGUUCCCCUGUAUAAAAUGCAUUACUAUCUCAAGGCCAGUGUCAAAAUACUACAAACAGGGUGUCCUUUGAUGUAUACAUUUGCUGGUUAUUUGGCUCAUACAGUGUGAGAUAAGAAAUUGUUCUCUCUGACACUGUCUGAUAGACUUCGUUAUGACAUCACGUUCCGUCACACUAUGCUCUUUUCUCUUUGACGUAGUUAUGACAUGAAAUGCCUGAUGUAUGCGUCUCUCUUGCACUGGCUGGGUCAGCUAGCCAUACAUAUUGCCAUUAGGGGUCUGCCUGCGUGUCAGCUCUGAGUUUCUGUUGAGGGGGAGAUGAAUCUGAUAUGCUGUUAGGAGAGGUUCCCCUCUGUAAUGGCGCAUGUGAGCUAACACUCGUCUGAGCCCAUAGUGGAGAUUACUGAAGGGCAGCAUACGGAGUCUAUAUCUGUUCUCUGCUCUCUAAGUCCUGCUGUUAUUGCAAAAAGUAUUGUCAUUUUACAGAUGAAAUUGAUUCUCUUGUAUUUUCUGCCUAAUUAUUAUUAUUAUUAUUAUUAUUAUUAUUAUUAUUAUUUACAUGGUCAGCAGCGCUUUACAGCCACUGUAGCACUCUGUAAUGGCUAUGGUGCCAGGAUAUCCCUGGUGCCAUCUCAUGGUAAGUACUAAAACCUUUAUCAAACAGUUUGACUCAUGCCACCAUCCAGGCCCCCCUAUUAUGUUAUAUCCAAAGCAGAAGAUCCCCUUCCGCAAUAUGUAAUAAUAUAAUCUAUAAUAUAUGUUGUCACUAUUUAGACAAAACUCAUUGGCUGAGAGCGUCCGCUGAUUUCUUCAUCCAAUGAUUUUAGUCUAAACAGAGGAGGAAUUGAUAUCAGUAAUGCGCAAGUAGGAACUGUCGGUGCUGUAGUGGUUAUGGUGCCUAGAUUGACUCAAAUAGUCUGCAGUUUAAUGUCAUUCUUCCAUGAUGCUACUGAACAAGCACGGUUGGUGGCGAAGUAUCAGCCAAUGCAUAGUCCGUGGUUUGCUUUUUUGUUUCUAUUUCUGCAUUUGGAAGAGAUUAAAUGUUCUAUAUUUAGUCAGUUGCCUUCUCUUCUAAAUCUCUUAAUAUUAGACUAUAUUACGGUUUUGAGACAGAAAAUAUUAGAUGAUUUUUUUUUUUUUUUUCUUGUUUUCGUUGACUUGAGUGUUUUCUGUUUGGACGUUAACACUCCUAGUUUAAAUGUUGUAAAUAUUCAGCAAAUUAGACAGCAAACCUCCUGCAAGCUAUUUAUCCUUUCAAUCAAUGCUAAAGGGAAGUUUUGACAAAAACAUGAUACAUAUUGUGCAUUUAAUUGCAAACUACAAACUGUGUCUAAGCUGCAAACACGGUUUCCCUGAACACUGAAUUGUGAGAUCUGAACCAAACUGUAAAAUUUAGACUAAAAUUGUCCGUGACGUUUGCCGAAUUGGAACAUUUUUGCAAAUCAGCCGCUUCAGCCUUUUGUUUUAGAAUUCCACAUUCUAUUCUCUCCAAUCUAAUGUUUAGUGAAUAAAUCGUUGUGUUGGCCACAUUUAUUACAAAUGUAAAGGAGGAAAGAUUCUCUGUUUUAUAGGUUUGCACGGUUAUUCACCAAAGUGAGAAUUCAAAGUGAGUUAGUAAUGUAUGGACAUAAUAACUAAACGGUAAAAAAACUGUGUCGUUUGGGUUGUUUGGUAACUUUGAAAUACACUUUGAGAACCCACUUUGGUAAAUAACCUUGUUGUUGUCAAACAGAUGGCGCUUCUAGUAUACUACAUCUAGACCGGGGGUAGGCAACCUUUGGCACUCCAGAUGUUGUGGACCACAUGUCCCAUAAUGCUUUCAGCCAUAAUACUCGCAAAAGCAUCUGGAGUGCCAAAGGUUACCGAAUGUGUUCUAGAAUCAGUUUCCCAAAUCAUCUGAAAUCCUUCAGGAACCUUGAGGGUAACAAUGCAUCAGGCAGAAAUGCAUCCAACUAUUAUCAUUUUUCAAUACAAUUUUUUUUAUAAUAUUGGGGGGAACUCCUCCCACUUUACCACCAAGUCAGACUAUCUGGAAAUGUCUAAUUCUCAGACAGGUUUUCUAUGGGAGCUUUGUACAGAGGCUGCACUGAUAGUUUGGGGUGAACACAUUUUAUUUAUUGAGAUACAAUGAAUGAAACUACUCGCACACGUCACAAAUUAUCAGAAAGUGCCCUUGAGCUCUGUCUCUUCCCAUCCUACAAAGAAAUCCAUUUUUGGACGUGUAACAGAUUUUGUAUUUUUUUAGUCAUGUAAUAAAGGCAAAUGAAAAUCUCCAAAGAAACAGAAUUUAAAGAAUUGUCCCGAUUGGCUGUUUUUGCCUAAAAUCUUCAGCCCUCUGGUAAAUUGUGGUUUACUGAAUAACUCAGCCUAUUGGCUCUAUGUUUAAGCCACAGAUCUGGUCCGGUGAGUUUAUGACUCUGUUUAUGGCUAAUUGAGUCAUUUGACAGCAGUUCAGAUGUUUCCUGUUAAGUCAUAGGCGGUUAUUAAGGCCAUGCGAAGGCAUCGGGGUAAUGAGGUCACAAUUAAUCAUUCGCUCUACUAUAUAUGUGUCAGUAAAAUAUUACAGGCGAUGGUUUGGAAUUUUGGUGAAUUCAGUACGGAGUGAUAUCACCUUGGUAACUGCACAAUCUGGUUGAGAACCAUUAUUAACACUUUUACAAACUCUGAAACACGGUAUUGGAUUAUAAAAUAUAAGUGAAUAAUAUGCAGAAUCACAAACUGCCAAUAAUAAUUUAUUGUUAUUGUGGGGGUGUGUGUGUGUGUGUGUGUGUGUGUGUAUAAUUUUUUUUUUUUUUUUUUUAACUUGGCGAAAGACAUAAUGGAUGGGCACAGGUCCUUGAGCUGCUAAAGCGGGCUGGGUGUAUAGUUUAAUACCUUAUUGGCAUGAUACUUGUAUUUGUCAAUUACCAAUGAACAAGGUACGAGAGGGAAAAUCUUUUGCUUGGUUCACGGAUGUGAAAUUGCUAAUAUAUGGUAUAUAAAAAGGUCCCAUCCUUUAAUCCUAAAUCCCGCAUGGAUAACAGACACAGAUUUUAAUCCAAUCUGUGAAUCCCGCUACCGUUGGUAGUUUAAAUGCUGAGGAUGUUGAGACAUUCUGCAGUUCUGCUGUAAUGUUGCCAACCUGCAUCAAAGUAGAGAAACAUUUCUAGAAUUGUAUCUAGAAUGGUUAGAAUCUGGGGAAACAUUCUAAGAGUAAAGUAGUUACCGUGGCAACUGGUGGAAUGUUCCUAAUAUUUUACUUUGCUUUUAUUACUUCUACUAGGAGCUGAUUAUAUCAUAACGUUAUAAUUAGAAGAAUUAUAUUAUGUUCGCAGUUCAGGGUUUCCCCCCCCAUUUUUGUUUAUUGAGUAAAACACACUAACGGCACAAUAACAAGACAUUCUAUACUUUCAGCACCUUGCGGGGCAAAGCUACUUAUUUUUGUGAAGGCCAACAAUGCAUUGAGAUUUCUUCAUUAACUUUGGAAUUUUGGUGGGAAUUGUGAGUUUCAUGUUAAAUUGUGUUCUGCAUUUCUUGAUAUUGGGGGAUUUAGUGUAAGCGUUACUUUUCGCUGUCUUGGUUUUUCUAAAAUAAUAAAUUUUUUCCUUAAGUGCUGUUUCUAGUCAGUAAUUUGCUUAGAAUGCCAGUUCUCUGAGUAACUGCGACAUCUCUAUGUCGAAGCGCUAGCUACUCCCCUCUCCCCCCCUACUGCAUUGGUUUUAACUAUUACAGUCUGCUGCAUUGAUUGAUGCAUUGAAACUUACUGUGCAUGCGAGGGCAAAAUAUGAAGUAGUUGAUAUGGCUGACAGUGAUGUGAGUAGGUGUCUGUGCGUUGUUUUGGUGAGGUAGACACCAGACACUCCAAUGAACCAGGAGAAUGUAUUAAAGGAACACUAUAGGGUCACAAACCUGUAUUCCUUACCCAAUAGUGUUAACAACACUAUCUAGCCCCCUGUCAUUCCCACAGGAAAGCAUUGGAUUGGCUGAGAUUGUCAAUUCUGAUGUUCUCAGCCAUGGAGGUGUGCCGGGGGUGGAGCCAAACACAACCUUGGCCAAUCAGCAUUUGAAUUGAAUCAAUGCAUCUCUAUGAGCAAAGUUUAGUGUGUCCAUGCAGAGGGUGGAUACAGUGAAUGUCAGUCACAGUGUGCAGCACUGCCCCAGGAAGCACCUCUAGUAGACAUAUGCAGAGUGGCCAGUGAAGGUACCGCUAGGCUAUAAUGUAAACACUGCAUUUUCUCUGAAACAAACAGUGUUUACAUUAAAAUGCCUGCAGGGAAUGAUUUAUACUUGUCAGAACAAAUACAAUAAGCUGUAGUUCUGGUGACUAUAGUGUCCCUUUAAUGUGAUGUAACGAUCAGAAGGAUCCCUGAGGAAAGCUGUACACGGGCAGACCGUCUGCUUAUUGGAUAUAUCCGCACAGACACACAGUAUAUACAGCUAAUAACCGGGGUACCUCUCCCUCAGUAUUCCGGGGUAAUGAAGCCCUACCUACCUGCAGUAACAUUGUACAGGGCGAGGUAUCCUGUAGUGCUCUCGUCUCUGCACUAAAACAAAUGCUGAACCUGAGCAUUGUGCCACCUGUUAACAGCUAAGUGUCAAAAAGGCAUUCAAAUAUCGCCAGCCCUCUGGCCAAUUAAGAAAACGUGCGUGCGCGUGCGCGCGCACACACACACACACACACACACACACACACACACACACUUUGGAAAAAACAUCUAGUGCAGCUGGCAGGGGCUAUAUAUGAAUACAGACAGUGAACUGAGGAUAUAAAAUGGUAUCGGAUCAUGAAAAGUGAGCAAGCUCUCGCUGUAUGAAUUGCCCGAUACCUGGUGUGCAUUCUUUGAUGAAGUCACACCUCGUACAUGUCAGAUCACAUUCCACUCCUUCCAUUCUACGCAGAGGCUGACAGGGUAAACAUACAACUAGAUUUGCAAGUUAAUACUUUUUUCUUUUUAUAGAAACGGCUAUUUGUAAGAUGACAGUGGAAAUAUCAUCAUUACAAAAAUACACCCAUUUCUGCUUAAUAUUCUUUCAGAUAAGCUGAGAGACUCACAAACAAAGGGAGGAAAAAAUAUCUGGUUUGUUGCUUACAUUUACCUCAUGAUUUCCCUGUAGGUUUAAAGCGGUAUUUGGUAAAUGUCUGUAUACAGACAUUUUUAUAAUGUGUGGUGUGUCUAGAAAACUGCAUUCAUAUACAUUCCAUCCAGCUAUUGCCAAAAAUCAAACACACAUUCUGUACGUUACACAAUCAUUGCAUCAGCUUCAAUGCAAAUUUACAUCCGGUCUAAAAGGCAUCUGCAUAGUUACACUUUUUAUACACUUAGUGAUAUGAAUUUACAAAAUCGGACUGUUUUGGGUAACCCUUGAUAGCAGUCUACACACAAAAAUAGCUGGUUUUAACUUUUACUAUCUGUGCUUACCAUUUGUCACAUGAAUGUCCUACAUUUUUUCAUUUUAAAUGGUAAGAAUAUGGUAGCCUUUUAAAGGGUCUACACACAAAGGAGUUACAGUAUAAAACAUACAUGACAAUAACAUGUUUACAUUUUCUGGGCAACGUAGUAAAAAAUUAAAUAAAAAUAUUAAAGACUUCAAAUAUGACAAGUUUAUACACCAUAACAUUGCAUUGUAAUAUGGCCUAUUGAAUGCAGCGCUACUUAAAGGGGCACUUUUAUCUUACUGAAAAGCGUGUGUUAAGAGCGUGUCCUAUUUUUUUUUUUCCCCAUCUUGAAAAAACGUGCAGAUUUCAAUAGAAAUCUUUAGAAAUUUUUUUAAAUUAACCUGGUUACAACCCUUUAGUCAACCGGUCCUGUUACUUCCUGGUUUGUUUAGCUCAGUGGAGCUAAACUCAAGAGGCAGCAAUUGCCCAGAGCACCUGCCUUGCAAAGACUAUAAUUGAGAUGAGAAGUCUGUGAUUGGACAGCCACAGAAAGUCUGGGCAAGGUUAAAAGGGAAGACUGCAGACGAGAUCUGCAAAUUUUGCAAGCUGCUUUUAGAUAUAACUCCAAUUAAAAAAAAAAAUUUUAAUUAAAUGCAUGCAAGUUUUCCUUUGGGGAAUAUCUACUAAACGGUGAUUUUUAUUUAUUUUGUAUUUGGGCAGUUGCGUGCCCAUUUAAAUCCACGUUAACACCACUGAAAGCAACUUAUCUAUGAUCACCCUUCAUUUCACACGAACAAUACAUCAAUACAGAACAUCGCAAGGUUAGCGCCUCACAAAAUGAAUCUAUGCAUAGAUUUUAUUUUUCUGCUUAAAAUCAGCGCUAAUUAUUUAUCAGUCCAAACUCUUUGAGACUUCAUUUGACACAUUAAUGAGCAUUCCAAUGUUUUCCUAUUGAUAUACAGACUAUUCAUUUAAUCCGUUACCUUAAAGGACCACUAUAGUGCCCUGAGGUUGCCCCCACCCUCUUGGCCCCCAUGAAGUUGGAGGAAGGGGUUAAACACUUACCUUUCUCCAGCGCCGUGCUCCCUCAGCGCUGGGGACUCUCCUCCGGACGUCAUCGGCUGAAUGUGCAUGCGGGGCAAGAGCCGCGCACAUUCAGCCAGUCCAUAGGAAAGCAUCUCAAUGCUUUCCUAUGGACGCUGGCAUUUUAUCACUGUGAAAAUCACAGUGAGAAGCGCAGAAGCACCUCUAGCGGCUGUCAAUGAGACUGCAACUAGAGGCUGGGUUAGCCCUAAAGUAAACAUAGCAGUUUCUCUGAAACUGCUAUGUUUACAGCAGAAAGGGUUAAUUCUAGAUGGACCUGGCACCCAGACCACUUCAUUGAGCUGAAGUGGUCUGGGUGCCUAUAGUGGUCCUUUAAGUUACCACUUUUUAUAACCAGCGCAUCAGGUCCGGUUCUGAGUAGACAAAAUAUAUAGGACAUCUGUACAGCUGCCACAAAAAAACAAAACACUCUUUAGUCUUACAACACAUUGUGUUUACUUUAGAAGUUAUCUCCUACUCUGUUGGUUGGCAUGCAGGGAUGUGUGACAAGGGCUGCAUAAACAAACUGAUUCAACUCCUAAAUGCUUUAUUAAGCUAAAGUGUUAGUGCUUAGAGUAUUCCUUUAUCACCAACACCACACCAAAAUAAAUAAAUAAAAUGUUUAAAUGCAGGUACGGGCGAGUAGAAUGAGUACAAGAAAUUGAAUACUGCGGUAACAAACGAUGCAGCUCUAUUUAACAAUGUUUUUUGUGUGAGCCUUUGUCGGACUGUAGGGCGAUUUAUAAUAGAUACUUUGCCAUUUUUCCCAUUGUUUUACAUAGCGUUAUGUUUCAAAAUGCAGAUAAUGUUGAAGAAUUAAAUGUUAUGCUGUUUAUUUUUUAAAUUGAUUUUUUUUUACAUUUGAAGGGUUAACAUAUCAUGCAAUCUGCUUGAGUAAAAUGAAAUGGAAAAGUUUACUUCCUGCAAUUCUCUUAAUCUCAACUAAAGUGGGUGCUUCUAAGUAAAUACUCCCAUGUCUUGCUAUGUAACUGGAGCCUGGCAUAACAUUUACCAUAAAUGUGUGGAUUUUAAUCGUGGUGUGUUUUGUUUUAUUUCUUUCUGUUUUGUAUCUGUAAUCCGGUGAUACAUCUUGCAAGAUAGAAUUAUUAAGUAUGCACAAAAUAAGCAGCCACUAAAAUGCCCAGGUGGUUUAAUUGCUUGGACUCAAAGUAAAAGAAUUGGAGAGCGUCAAUGGAAAUUCUAUCAAAAGCCUUAUAUUCUAAUGUUAGGAGUAAUCUGUUUCUCUAAUGGCUGAGUGUUACAUUGGGCGAAGGAGAUGCCGUUUGUUGAUGUCUUGGUGUAGGCCUAUGGGAGCAGAAACUGAUGUUUUACUAUUUAUACAACUUAGAGUGGAGAAUUUAAGGAAUCCGUGUUUGCCAUGUGUUACUGCACCCCCUGCCCUCAGUGACAUGUGCACAGAGUUUGGGGAUAAACCCAUUGAAAACAAUAUUCUGAAUAUCUGAUUGGCUAACCCGCGUCGGCUGCUUUGCUGCCUGCCAGAGAAUGCUUCAGGAAGUGGAAAAUUCUGGGGAUUUGUAACAAAAGGAUUAACCCCCAACAUGUGUAUUAAAUUUGAAUUACUAGACGUAAUGAAGUACAACAUGGGGAUCAUGUCCAGCCUCUCUCUAUUUCAUUAUGUGACGUGGGGUUACAUUGUGGUGUCUUUCACAGUUUUUUGUUUUUGAGUUGUUACCCAUCCUCCUGUUACAUUCCUGGUGGAGUUUAGAGGAUGAGUCUCGUCCUGCUCCGGCGAUUAAGCUGUAGAACAGGUUUUACCAGGUUCUGACGUGACUUCUACCUUUAACUCACUGAAACCCUUCCCACUGUCACUCGCCGAGAGAGUUUACUAAAAUGAAAAUACCUGUUUUUAGCCACCUUGCUUUCUGCCCAAUCAGGAAGCGAAACUAGGCCUGUGGCUGUGUCAAUGGUACGGCAUGAUUGUAACUCUUUCUAUAACGUUAGCCUUUACUGCUUCCACUGGAAGGCUAUUCCAUGCAUCUACUACACUUUCUAUAUCAAUUUUGGCAUUUACUGCUUCACGGGAAGGCUAUUCUGGGUAUCUACUACCUUUCUGGUAAAGCAGUAUUUCCUCGUAUUACUCCUCAUCCUUCCACCCACAGAUGCAUCUUGUGUCCAGUCUACCUAAAGAGAGCAAAUUAAGGUCUGGAUUACGGUAGGCAAUCUUUGGCACGAUAUUGUGGACUACAUCUACCCUGAUAUUUUGCCAGCAUUAUGGGAGAUGUAGUCCACAACACAUGGAGUGCUGAAGGUUGCCUACUCCUGGUAUUGUAGUAUAUAUUUUUCAUAAUGCGGUUUAGUAAGAUUGCUGACUAUUUUAUUUAUCUAUUUCUGUAUAGCAGCAGAACAUUCUCCAGCUCUGGAUACUUUGAGUACAUUCUACAAUCACAAAGCUUGUUUUCACAGAUUAACUGAUGAAGAAGCCAUAGGAAGCCCUUUGUACCAGCUCACAUGCUAACAUUUAGCAACUCGUUUGUUUAAUUGUUUGGAUUAGAAUUUGUCAAUUUAUUUUUGAUAAUGUAGGUUAUUUAUCUAAGGAGGUUCAGCAACUUCUUGUCCAGUGACAAGUCAUUAUAUUGGCCAAAGAAAAUUAAAUCACACUUCUGCCACCAUGUUUCUGCAGCCAAAGCUUGGAAAUAUUUGAGGGGGAUGCACGUUACAGACUGUAUCUCUCAUGGAAGAUUCAGAACAUAUGAAGCAUACAAAAAUAGUAUUUUUUUUUUAUUUAUUUUUUUAAUAUUACAUUUUGACAUUAUAUCCAUUUUAUCUAUUUUUUUUAUUAUCUUGUCUCGUUCUACUUGUUCAAUAGGGAAACAACAAUCGGUAACUGAUUAUCAGUAGAAUUUUUGUUAUAUAUUAUAAAAAUAUGCAAUGUAAUGAGUUUGUUUUUUAAUUUGUUUAUCAGUAACCUGUUACUGUGAGGUUUUUAUUUAGCUUCUACCCUCUGGUCAAUCCAAGAAAGGAUCAUACUUUCAUAUAAUGAUUUGGUGGGAGACAGACAAGGGAUAUCUUGAAGGGGCUCCCAUUCAAUGGCCUCCAAAAGUACUGUGAUUUAUUUAUAGCCCCUGUAAUCUGCUCCAGUCUCUCUGAUUAUACUCCACUCUGGUACUCUAACACUUUAUUAAUCAACAGUAUCGUUGCUGUGGAAUGAAGAUUGUUUGUACCUCUCUUAUAAUGAUCGUGUUUGCAUGACGCACAGCAGCGUGUUUAAUCAUUUGUUUAAGCUGCUCUGUACGUGGUUGCCAAAAAGAAAAAAAAGAAAAAUGUAACUUCUUUGCUGGGUUAUGUUGGCACGUUUUAAUGUAAUUUAAGACAAAUGUUUCUCCAAAGCAAAAUAUUUAUUUGGAAAGAUUGGCUGGCGUUAGAAUAUGGAGAAAAAGGGCGAGAGUUAAAAGUUUUCUGUCCAUGACUCGUGAUGCGCUGAGACUGCGGUUGGACUCAUUGUAUCAGCGCCUUUGUUACCCACUAAAACUGACAUAUUCUUUCGUCUUUUAUAAAGUGUCCCUGUGUGAUUUCUGCUUGACUUAUAUGUACAGAGUCAGCAUUGAGGGGAGAAACCAACUCAUCCCUUCCAUUUUAUGUUAAGGGCUCCUGGGAUCCAAAGGAAAUGCUGGAUUCUUUUUGUAAGAUGCGUUUUGUUUUGUUUUCACACCAUUUAAUUUUUUUUUUUUCUCCGCCAAAUACUUUAACAAAUGUUUUUAUGAGAUAUGUUCUUGGGUAUGCAGAAAAAGUGUUUAUUAGUUUGUCACAUGAGUUGAACUUUGAUAUCUAUAAAAUAAUAAAUUUCUGAUUGGACAGGAAGGUGUCAUCGGACUGUGCCAACUCUCGUUUGAAACUUUCCUUUGUUUCGUAACCCAGGACAGGGGAAGGGUAAAAGUACCUUAUAUAAGUCACACAUACAACAGCUAUACAAUCAUUUCAAAAUUCCUAAUGGAAUGCUGAGCUGGUUAGAACACCAGGGAUGUUUUAUGGCAUGUGUUAUUGUGUGUAGAGUCUGCCUAUAUGGUAGCGGUCAGGUCUAACCGUAGGACUUCAUACAAAAUGGAUUCCAGAAAGGAAAGCCUAAUCCGCAUCCUUCAUCAUUUGUUACCCUUGUCUUAACCCUUUGUACAGCUCUGCAAAGUAUGUCGGGGCUUUUAUUAGUAACAUUUUCAUUACUUUGUAAUUCCUACUGUGUGGCCAAUGACCAUAUGCUUUAUGAGCCUCUAAGGUUAGUAAGACCGUGACUUCCUGUAAUGGUGAAUUACUUGGGUGUGUAUAUAAAGACAUAUAUUAUUCCGGGGUUAAUGUUACUUCUUUUUAAUUUUAUAAACCAAACAAAGCAAGAGGGUGUGUUUUUUUUUUUUUUUUGUUUGUUUGUUUUUUUAAUUUUAAUUUUUUUUUAUAACAAUUUUUUUUAAAAGUCAGAAAUGACUCGGCUUUUUAAAUUGAUAAUUGCCCAUAAAAGUUAAUUUUGUCUUCUAGUACGGAAUCUGGUGCACAGAUUCUACACCGCAUCGGAUCAUGUUUCCAGAAGUAAUACAAUAAGAAUAAGAAAAUAUGCCAUAGUGUAUUUUUAGCAGACUACAGGCACCAGCUACAUUUUUUAAAUUAUUUAAAAUAAAAAAUAAAAUAUAUAUAUAUCUCUCUGUUCAAGUAAAGGGAUCUCGCUUUACAUCAAAGUUCAAAUCACAAACUAUAGAACCUGCCUUGACUGUACUUUUUAUAAGCAGAAUGUUGAAAUUGAAUUGAGGAGGUUCAUACAGCCACAGGGGGACCGACCAAUGAGGUAGAAGAUACAGCGAUUUUAAAAGAAGGGACUCUGCGGGAAGGGAUAUUGCAGUCUGUGUCUGUGUCUGUGUGUGUGUGUGUGUGUGUGUGUGUGUGUGUGUGUAUAUAUAUAUAUAUGUUAUGUUAAUUUUUUUUUUUUUAUUAUUAUUAUUCUUUACUUGUAUCUUGCAAUGCACUACAAAAAUAAAGACAGAGACAAUGCAGUGAUCGGCUUAAAGGACCACUAUAGUGCCUCAGGGUCCCCCUCCCGCCGGGCUCUAGGGUGAGGAAGGGGUUAAACUUGCCUCUUUCUCCAGCGCCGGGCCGGGGACUCUCCUCCUCGGCUGAAUGUGCAUGCGCGGCAGGAGCCGCGCGUGCCUUCAGCCAGUCCAUAGGAAAGCUUUCAUAAUGCUUUCCUAUGGACGCUGGCGUCUUCUCACUGUGAAAAUCACAGUGAGAAGCGCGGAAGCGCCACUAGAGGCUGGAUUAACCCUAUCGUAAACAUAGCAGUUUCUCUGAAACUGCUAUGUUUAUAGAAAAAAGGGUUAACCCUAGCUGGAACUGGCACCCAGACCACUUCAUUAAGCUGAAGUGGUCUGGGUGCCUAGAGUGGUCCUUUAAGAGAGAAGCAAGAGUUUACAAGACAUGUCUGAGAUACAGCACUUUUUUAUUUUUUAAAUUACAGGAAUACAAGACGCUUAUGUGACGUGGCAGAGAAGUUACCCCCCGAAAAACCCCAUGUGAACUCAAAUAUGUAAAUAGGUCACAUAUGAGUAAACUGCAAUAUAUACUAUAUUCUAUAAGAAUGCAAAAAGUAAAUAAAGCAUUAAAACAAAGCAUGUGCCCAAUCGCUAGUAAUGAGGCAGCGGAGGGAAAGGAAGUCAGCUCAGCCUAUGCCUUGUAAGGGCCAAGUAGAAUCCCGCACCAUAAACUGCCCAAGCAGGCAUGAUGGCUCACGGGUAAGCCUGAGAAACCGCAUGGCUUGGAGACAUGAGCCGUUCCGUCCAUCCAGGUAGCAUGUAGGCGCAGCAUCAGGGAUUCAGAGGGGUUGUUCUUGGUAUACGCCAAGAUGUGUCUCUCUGGGCGCUGGCGUACAGGACCGGUCUGAUCAGAAAAGGGCUCCUCUCCUCCCGGCCCGUCUGGAUGUGCAGGACUGUGAGACACGAGGUUUAGCUUGAGAUCAGGAGCCGCAUCUGUGGAAUGGUGACCAGGGGUCAUGAGACCAAGCUAAAGUAUGCGUUUCUUACAGGGGGAUAAGCUUUACUCUUUGGUAUGGUGAUUAGGUAAUUCAAUACCUUUACAAGUCAGGAAAGAGAGAACCACUUCCCUCUAUUUCCAUUCCUCCCUGUUCCUUAUUGGCUGUGCUACUGAGCAGAAAUGUGAGCAGACACAGGCUUAUUUUUAUAAUGGUGAUCUGUGAGUGGGAUCUGGUGACUUUAUAAGAUUUAGUUGUUAUUGUUAGUUAGAUUGUGUGUCAUUAUUUGUAUGUUGUUGUUUUGUCUCUAAUUAAAUAUUUGUUAAAGUAGACAGACCAGAUUUAUGUGUAUGCGUACAUCAUUUAUAGAGUUUAUUAAUAUACCACAGCGUCCACAUGCGAGCGGUCACCUUAUCAACAUCCCAUCUCCCACUACAUGGGUCAGGCGCGCAUGGGGCAACCGCUAUUGUAGCGGUAGGGUUGGUGCUGCUUGUAAGUGUCACUUGGGCACAGCGUUGUAGUGGAGCCUUUGGGGUUUGGACCGGGAUCACCCUCACCGGUCCAGAGGGGAGAGAGACGAGGCUGUAGUAGGAUUCAGCGGUAGUCCAGUAUUCGACAAGCUGGGAGAGCGGCUGCCUCUCCCGCCCAGCAUCCACAAGGGAGGAAACACAUAGGACCUUUUGGUUUUAGUUUAUUUUUAAUUUAAUGCCAUUACACUGCAUAUUUUUGCUUGAAUACCUUGUUUCGACCUGAGCAGUCUUCGUAACAAGUUGUGUUGAGGAGUUUGGAUGAAUAUUUUAUACCAGGGCACCUUCAAUACCAUUAUAUUCUGUGAGUGCAAUUUAAUCCGCACAGUCCUGUACAUUUUUAACUUUUACUACACCAUUAUAUUUAUUCCUUUCUUGGGCGCAGCUGUAUCCCAUUUUGUACGGGAUGUCUGAUAAGCUGCAAAGAUUUCUGUAAUAUUUAACUCAUUGAGGGUUUAUUCAGUAAACCACUAAUUGUCAUGAAUUAAAACAGACUUGGAAAAGUUUGGGUCAGCUGAGUUGGUAAAACCGCUGAAAACAACUUUUCCAACACCUUUUGUUUUGAAGUGAGCAAUUUAUGCAAAUAAUAUUCAGCAAAUUGGGAAUGACGAAGAAUUGACAAAGGAAUUGUAGUAAAUUUUAAACAAAAAAUGUAAUUUAUAUUUCUCCAUUAUCUCCAGUUUAGUAAAUAAAUCAAUUUCUGACUCCCUGCAGUUAACCAUUUAAUGGAUGAACUCUCUUUUUAAUUUAUGUAACCCAUAUAUUUAUAAUGCAGAGAAUUAUUUAGUGAAUUAUUCCAGAAAAUCGGUUUGAUGGGAAAAAAAACCAAAAAACUAUUUGUAAAAUAAUUCCCCCAAUUUCUUGGGCUUUUAAGUAUUAAAGGGACACUUUAGUCAUAAAAACACUUUAGCUAAAUUAAACCCCUUUGGUCUCACUGCUCAGUUCUUUGUCACACCUCACAGGAGAUUAAAAAAAACUUCUAAAGUGAACUCCCGAUGGGGAGGUAUGACUAGGACUGCAUAAACAGAAACCAAAGUGAUUUAACCCCUAAAUGGCAGGGAAUUGAGUAGUGAAGCUUCAGGGACAUGAUCUAUUCACUAUCCCAUUGUACAGCGCUAUGGAAUUUGCUGGCGCUAUAUAAAUAAAAUAACUGAUUCAUUAAGCUAAAGUUGUUUUGGUGCCUAUAGUGUAUAGAGGAUGCUAGACACUUUCUAAAACAUUGUUAUUGCCGAAUUACUGUGUAUUACGUUUAUUACUGCAUAUUGUUCCGUUCUCUUUAGUUAUGAUUCAUAUUGUGACAGGUGGGAGGGUGUGGAAUGGCUCACUCGAGGAGAUGAAAAGUGAGUCUCUGUUUUGGUUGAAACCUUUCUUACAUGUCACCUCUCGCUGAUACCGGGCCCCCUCCCGCCACGUUUAUUCCAUCUCUCACCUUCUGAAUCAGCACGAUGCUGUCAUUCUGGAGUUUACCUUUCGUGUUCAUUACGUGUUCUCACAAAAUAUUUAUUUAAAAGUUUUGCAACAAUGUGUAAAAAAAACUUUUAGGAAGCGGAAAUAGAUCUGAACUCCUGACUGUAUGUAUAGCACUAACUUUCCAAAAUUAAAAGAUAAGUCUCCAAACAUCCUAACAUGUUAAAUGCCCCAUUUCUGAACCUUUAUUUGUUAAUUAUUUUCUAAAACAAAGUGCUGUGAAUAAAAUUCAAAACCUAGAUGAAAAAUUUAGGACAAAAUAGACAAGUUUGGGGAAACCAGCUGGGUUGGUAUUCUUGUGCUGCUAUUUCAGCUGAAAUUGUAAAACUCAGUUUUCAAUAGACUGCAAUUCACAGUUUAGUAAGUAAACCCGAUAUUGAUUUCAGGUACUAAAUGAAUAUAUAACACUAUUAAAAUAAUUAUUUUAUUAUAAAUUGGAUUAUAGUGUCUUCCUCGCAGAACCUUUUUUUUUGGCUUGGACAGACCCAAUGAUGGGAUGAAGGGGGAGGGAAUGAGGAAGUGUUUAUUUUAUUAUGAAUGGAAGGGGCAGUCCAGACAAAGUCUAUGGCCAAGCAACACAUGGGCACAAACCGUUUUCAGCCUGAUCUUGCUGGGUCAGCAGUUUUUGGGCUGGAUUUUAUCGCUUCCAUUUGAUGUUAGAACCUCUUCACUCGGUUUAGUCAUUAGCUAUAAUAACACAACAUACAGCGAUGGAGGACAAACCUGGAACUCUGCGCACCUUGUCCUUUGAUACAGAGUAACGGACCUCAUCUCCGCAGCUCAGCAAAGUCUAUCUGGUUGCUUUCAUUUCUACUUGGCAAUCGCUUGUACAGAUUCACAUAAUGGUUUUGGAAAUGUUGAAUUUUUUUUUUUAACGCUUGUACUUUCUAUUCUGCUCUGUGUUUUUUCUGAGAUAAUGAAUGAGAAGUAAUGAGAUCUAAUCUUGGAGCAGUGCUCGCUGUGUAUCUCUGUAUUGGGUGCAGUGGCUCACGGUUCUGUUUGUCCUUUCAGAGUAUGAAUGGGUACGAGGAAGCGGUCGAGUUUCUUCCAGCUACCGACACCAAGAAGGUGGAGAAGAGGGAUCCAAGAUGGAAAUUCGUUGUCAUCGGAGUGGUGAUUGGUGCCGCCGUGAUCUCGCUAGCUGUAGGUCUCCUCGUUUGGCACUUUGCAUGUGAGUACGUCCUGCGCCAAUCAGUGGACUCUCUUUAAUGCUACGUACAGCUGUGUGUAACGCCCCUUACUAAAGGGAACCACAAGCCAUUUAGAUUUUUAAAUUACAAGAUCAGAGAGAUUCAAUCAAUUUUAGAAGUUAUUUAUUUAAUUAUAUUAACAACUGAAAGCAAACUGCUUUUAUUUGUGGUACUUUUUUAGAUGUGCAAAGUACUUUGGUGUAAUUUCCAUGUAUAAAUAUUUAUACAGAAUCUGUUUUUUUUUUUUUAUGAAGUAUUUCCAUCACACAAAAAAGAAGGAAAACAAAAUGUGUUUUAACACCCCUUAAAUCUGCAAGAUAAUGGAAAAACAAACUGAACGAUGAGAGAGAAACUAAAUAUCCUUUAGUUUUAAAACAAACCUUUUCAGUGUUUGGCCUCAAUUUAAUAAUUUUCGCUGUGUGUGUGUAUAUAUAUAUAUAUAUGUGUGUAUGUGUAUGUAUAUAUAUGUAUGUGUAUAUAUAUAUAUAUAUAUAUAUAUAUGUGUAUAUAUAUAUAAAAUAUCCAAAUACUUGCACUCCAGUUGUAUUCUCAUAAAGCCCGGUGCUGAUCAAGCAAAGUAAUAUAUACAGGAAAGUAGAAAAUAGCACUCUAAGGACUUCAAAAAGGUAUUGUGAAAAAAUAACUUAGCUUUUAUUCAGCAACUGCCACAAUAUUUCAACGUUUCAGUUCUAUAGCAGAACUUUCGUCAGGAUAAGGUGCAUUGUAAAAACAACAAAUAAAUAGCAAAAGGAUACAUAUUACAUUAGUACCAUACAUUGUAUACAGGUGGUGCUUACCCCUUUCCCAGUGUGGUUCCCCUAGAAACCGCCGAAAAAAACGCGGGUAGAAAUGACCUUUGAAAGUAUAUUCUGCAGCUGGAUCGGGUGCCGAGAUUAUCGGCUGGAACGUGGUUAGAUUUGUUUGAAAGUUGCUAUAGCAACCAGCCGCGAGUGUUCAGCCGGGCGGGGGAGUCCGAGAGACUCAUAGUAAAAAAAUAAUCUAUGUGCGAUCGCAAAGAGGCUCUGAUGCUCUCGUUGCAGACCAUGGGGGGGAAAGGAUGGGAGGCAGUUGUCCAAGGGCAGGACCGGUAAAAAAAUGUGCCGAUCUCUAUUAGGGGGCUAAGCACGGAGAGACUCUAUAUUGAGAAGGGUGGGAGAAACCCAUGGGGUAUAACAUGGGAAACUACAUAGGUAGGAGGGGUCAGAAGCAGAAUAAGUCCUGCUGUAAUAUUAGGGAAAAGGUAGAAAAAAAGCUAGCUCCAAAGUUGGUGCUGCAUGAUGAACAUAGAGAAAUAUUUUAAGGAUAGGGUCAAAAAAUGCACAAGAUGGAUGUAAAUGCUGAGUAAUGAAUAUACACAUAAGAUCACUGCCCAGGUAACAUAAAGCAUAGGGAAUCUAGACUGAUUCUGCAUGGUGUAUUUAAAUAGUAAAUAGAGCCUAAGUGAGAUGGGCAAUAUCUGAUGGUGCUAUGCAUGUCUAAAAAAACUGUUAUGUGGUGCCCAAUAGAAAUCCACUAGUUAUAUGAAGAGACAUCAUAGGUAUGUGUAUGUGUAUGGGUAUAGACUGAUAUGUCUGCAAUGCAAUGGAAUAAACUUGACUACUCAUGUAUUGUGUCCAUAAUUGCAAGGGGGGUGUCCACAUCAUAUGUGAAGCAACCAUACCAAUUCCAAUAAUUACAUAUAUACAUACAUAUUUAUACAAUGAUGCUCAAUAAAGAAAACAAUGAUUAAUAUAAAGUCUUAAGUAUAGGGCCCUGUAGACAGUAAGGGAAAAAAAGGGAAAAAAAGGGGGAAAUAAACCCCCACUUGCCAGGGGACUUGAUAUGCAUAUAGACAUGAAAAAGAUAAUAGCCAAUAUGAGUCCUAUCAUAUAAGGUCUAUAAAGUGCUGAUCAAAUAAAGAUGCCCAGUGUAUACUUUUCAUUGAGUCCUUUAGGUUGUACUGUAUCAAGUGUUCUGAUCCAGUGUAACUCCCUCUGUAGUAAGAGCCUUUUUCGGUCACCACCACGUAUCGGUUGUGGGAUAUGGUCGAUUGCCUGGAAUUUCAUAGUAAGAUAAGACAACGCAUCACUCAACUUGAAGCAAGGGAAGCAUUAUUACCGACCUCGCCAGAAGCAGCCCCUACCAUCUUGAGACUUGAACAAAAUGUGAAAGACUAUAAAACAGACUUAAUUCGAUUCAAACGUGAAAAACAAGAAAAAGUCAAAAGUGACUAUACGGAACACAGAGUCUACCGGUGGUUAAGUGGCCAGAACGAGGUCCCACGUUUCGCACGAAAUAGAAGAACCAUUAGGAGACCAAGGCAAUACACGAUAGACAGAACCUCAGGGGAGUCCACCUCAGAUUCAGACCCUCAACCGAUAAAAAGUACACAACAAACACCCCUUUUUUUUAGAUAAGGGAAGUAUAUCAACAGGUACGACUACGAGACAACGUGCCAGACAAGAGUUCGAGGAAAACGACACAUUACAAGAAGAGGACAGAAGGGUAGGAUACACUGGGCCAAGAGGCAGACCACCACGCCGGAGAUAGCAUCAAUCUAUCCUCACGACCCUAGAGAGUAAUCUCCUGAUGAAAGGUCUUUCCUUUGUACCCACUACUCAACCCAACCCACUUACCCAGGAAGUAGAAAUAUAUAAAUUUGGGAGAACGUUAAGACUUAAGGAAUUCUUUAAACAACAGAGCACACCCAACCUACCGAAGAAUAGGUUUAAAGCCAAGAGUACCUGGGAUCCUCUACCCAACCAACCUACUAUCAAAACGUUCCUGAAAUCUCUUAACUUUGAAACUCAAUUACACCUUAAUCAAUCAACCACACGGAAAACCAACAUCACAAAAGAAGAACGAAAAUGCAUUACUUCACUAGCUAGGGACCCCAGCCUCAUCAUUCGGCCAGCAGAUAAAGGCGGUGGGAUAGUACUGUUAAAUUACUCAGACUACAGACGGGAAAUCCUCACACAACUUGGGGAUUCAAACACAUAUUCUAAACUUGCCGCUGAUCCUACUACAUUAAUUAUGUCAAAUAUUCAAUGCAUUCUACAACGAGGUUUGGAAGCCACCUUUAUCACCCAAGAACUUUAUGACUUUUUACUACAGAAAAACCCAAGAACGCCAGUCAUCUACACACUGCCAAAAAUACAUAAAGAUCCCAUAUCACCACCAGGAAGACCCAUUGUUUCAGCAAUAGGUGGGGCAUUAGAACCAAUAGCCAAAUGGCUGGACCACCUAUUCAAGCAACCUGUUGAGGAACUACCCACAUGCAUCAAAGAUACUCCAAGUCUUCUCAAAUCACUGCAACAGUUCACUGGAUUGGAACCUGACAUCACUUUCAUAACAUGUGAUGUAAAAAGCCUAUACACGAUCAUUCCACAUGAUAUGGGCAUCAAUGCCAUGCGGAGGAUAUUGGCAUCAUCAACAUCAUAUACAGGACCACCAAUCUAGUACAUAAUGGAACUUCUUCAUCUGGUACUCAGUCAAAACUAUUUUAGAUUCGAACAGACCUGGUACAAACAAAUUGCGGGGACUUCAAUGGGAGCCGCUAUGGCCCCGAUGUAUGCCAAUAGCUACAUGUAUAUAUUUGAGCAAGAACAGAUACUCAUACCGUUCCAUGACAGUAUACUAUUUUAUCGUCGCUUCAUCGAUGACAUUUUUAUCAUCUGGAAGAAUGUAGGACCCACCCCAGAUGAAAUGCUCAACACUAUUAACAGCCUGGACACACCAGUUCGUCUGACAAUGACUACAAGUGACAAACAGAUUGACUUCCUAGAUGUUUGUUUAUAUCGGGAAGACGAUAAAAUAGCAUAUACGCUAUUCAGUAAACCAACAGACAGGAACACUCUCCUUCACGCUAAAAGUCACCAUCCUAAACAUCUUAUUCGCUCACUCCCACAGUCACAAUUCAUGAGAGUGAUACGUAACAACUCCAAUAUAGUCAACACCCAGCUCCAACUACAAAUUAAGUGGGACAAGUUCCUGUCACGAGGUUACCACUCAAGAGACUUAACAAAGGCACUAGACAGAUGCUUUGAAGUACCGGUACACAGCACAGCUAAAAAUGACAGACUGGUUUUCCCUAUUACGUAUACAACCAUAUCAGAUGAUAUCAAACGGUCGGUGGACCAUAACUGGAGAAUGUUACAGAAUGACACAAGUCUACCAGUACAAUUUAAGCAGCGCCCAAUGAUGUGCUACCGGAGGGGAAGUAACCUGAGGGACUUACUGGUUAAAACCGAUCCUACACACUGCUACAGUCAAUCAAAUACACAUCAGAACCUGGGAUGCUACAGAUGCUUAGGCUGCGUAACAUGCAGCCACAUGAUCCCUAGCAAAACUUUUACUCAUCCUCACACAGGCAAAAAAUACCUCAUAAGACAUAGACUUACCUGCACAAGCGAUUUUGUGGUAUACAAAUUGGGGUACCCCUGUGGUUUAAUGUAUGUAGGGAAAACCGAUCUACCACUACGGGAGAGAAUACGUAAUCACCGUUCCAGUAUACGGGUAGCCUACAGAGAUAAAAGCUCAGAACAGCCGGUGGCAAAACAUUUCUUGGAGUUUAACCAUCCUCUUCCAACUAUGAAAUUCCAGGCAAUCGACCAUAUCCCACAACCGAUACGUGGUGGUGAUCGAAAAAGGCUCUUACUACAGAGGGAGUUACACUGGAUCAGAACACUUGAUACAGUACAACCUAAAGGACUCAAUGAAAAGUAUACACUGGGCAUCUUUAUUUGAUCAGCACUUUAUAGACCUUAUAUGAUAGGACUCAUAUUGGCUAUUAUCUUUUUCAUGUCUAUAUGCAUAUCAAGUCCCCUGGCAAGUGGGGGUUUAUUUCCCCUGUUUUCCCCUUUUUUUUCCCUUACUGUCUACAGGGCCCUAUACUUAAGACUUUAUAUUAAUCAUUGUUUUCUUUAUUGAGCAUCAUUGUAUAAAUAUGUAUGUAUAUAUGUAAUUAUUGGAAUUGGUAUGGUUGCUUCACAUAUGAUGUGGACACCCCCCUUGCAAUUAUGGACACAAUACAUGAGUAGUCAAGUUUAUUCCAUUGCAUUGCAGACAUAUCAGUCUAUACCCAUACACAUACACAUACCUAUGAUGUCUCUUCAUAUAACUAGUGGAUUUCUAUUGGGCACCACAUAACAGUUUUUUUAGACAUGCAUAGCACCAUCAGAUAUUGCCCAUCUCACUUAGGCUCUAUUUACUAUUUAAAUACACCAUGCAGAAUCAGUCUAGAUUCCCUAUGCUUUAUGUUACCUGGGCAGUGAUCUUAUGUGUAUAUUCAUUACUCAGCAUUUACAUCCAUCUUGUGCAUUUUUUGACCCUAUCCUUAAAAUAUUUCUCUAUGUUCAUCAUGCAGCACCAACUUUGGAGCUAGCUUUUUUUCUACCUUUUCCCUAAUAUUACAGCAGGACUUAUUCUGCUUCUGACCCCUCCUACCUAUGUAGUUUCCCAUGUUAUACCCCAUGGGUUUCUCCCACCCUUCUCAAUAUAGAGUCUCUCCGUGCUUAGCCCCCUAAUAGAGAUCGGCACAUUUUUUUACCGGUCCUGCCCCUGGACAACUGCCUCCCAUCCUUUCCCCCCCAUGGUCUGCAACGAGAGCAUCAGAGCCUCUUUGCGAUCGCACAUAGAUUAUUUUUUUACUAUGAGUCUCUCGGACUCCCCCGCCCGGCUGAACACUCGCGGCUGGUUGCUAUAGCAACUUUCAAACAAAUCUAACCACGUUCCAGCCGAUAAUCUCGGCACCCGAUCCAGCUGCAGAAUAUACUUUCAAAGGUCAUUUCUAACCGCGUUUUUUUCGGCGGUUUCUAGGGGAACCACACUGGGAAAGGGGUAAGCACCACCUGUAUACAAUGUAUGGUACUAAUGUAAUAUGUAUCCUUUUGCUAUUUAUUUGUUGUUUUUACAAUGCACCUUAUCCUGACGAAAGUUCUGCUAUAGAACUGAAACGUUGAAAUAUUGUGGCAGUUGCUGAAUAAAAGCUAAGUUAUUUUUUCACAAUACCUUUUUGAAGUCCUUAGAGUGCUAUUUUCUACUUUCUUGUAUAUAUAUAUAUAUAUAUGUAUGUAUAUAUGUGUGUGUAUAUAAUUUUUUUACUAUAUAUUUUUUGAUAUGUGAAUAUUUUUAUGUGGUGAAAUGUAAGUUUUUUUUAAAAUUAAUAAAUUGAGACCUUUAUCCGUUAACUAAAGCAGAACAGUAGGCCCCCUCCCACCAAUUCUGCACAAUGCAGCCUGGUAUUGGGCAAUUAUUGGACUUUGCACUUUUAUUGCCAUCUCCAGUUUCCUCAUAAAUACCCAGAAGGCCCAUUUUAAAGCUGAGUAAAUACUCUCAAUGCUUCUCAUUUAAUGCAAGCAGUUUGUUAAAGAAAAUUUUUUAAGGUUUUUAUGUGAUCUCUCAGAACCCAUAAUAUCACAAUAUAUUGGUUGGUUUUAAUGGGGUUAGUCCCUUUACGCAACUGGGUAUUAAUAUAGUAAUAGUGAGUAAUAUUGAAGAGACCUUAAAGUGGAAUUAAAGGACCACUAUAGUGCCAGGAAAACAUACUCGUUUUCCUGGCACUAUAGUGCCCUGAAGGUGCCCCCACCCUCCCGCCCGGCUCUGGAAGGGGGAAAGGGGUUUAAACUUACCUUUUUCCAGCGCCGGGCGGGGAGCUCUCCUCCUCCGAUCCUCCUCUUCUCCUCCCCGUCGGCUGAAUGCGCACGCGCGUCAAGAGCUGCGCGCGCAUUCAGCCAGUCACAUAGGAAAGCAUUCAUAAUGCUUUCCUAUGGACGCUGGCGUGCUUUCACUGUGAAAAUCACAGUGAGAAGCACGCAAGCGCUUCUAGUGGCUGUCAAUGAGACAGCCGCUAGAGGAAAUAGGGGAAGGCUUAACCCAUUCAUAAACAUAGCAGUUUCUCUGAAACUGCUAUGUUUAUUAAAAAAUGGGUUAACCCUAGCUGGACCUGGCACCCAGACCACCUCAUUAAGCUGAUGUGGUCUGGGUGCCUAGAGUGGUCCUUUAAUUCAUUUGUUCGAAACUCUAACUCUGAGACCGUUUUACCAGAAUAAACUGAUUUUAUAAUCUUGAAAUGCACAUUAGAGAUUUGUUUUAUAUGGUAACUUAUUAAGUUAAAACGUGUACCUCCAAAUAUUUGUACUCCACAAAAUCCGCACAGGAGAGCACUGUGUUAGUGACCCUUCCUUCCUGUAGAGUAAAUGGACAAGGAGAUGGUAUGCUGCUAUUUAAUGAGUUUCUAUUCCUCUCCCAAUUGUUGCUCUUAGAUCGCAUGGCUCGAGUGCCGAAAGUGUACACCGGUUCUGUAAGGAUCAAUAAUUACGUAUUUGUGGAUGCCUAUGAAAAUUCCUCCACGCCUGAAUUUAAGCAACUGGCAAAUAAAGUCAAGGAUAUGGUAAAAAGAGCAACAGUUUUCUCUGUUUUUCUCAAUGGGGAACAAUGCCAUGGGUUUUAAUUCCUUUAAAUAUAUAUCUCCCCUAUCUUUGAUAAUUGCAGGUAAUGGUUCCAGCAAAAUGGAUUCUGGGGUGCAGGCAUUUUAAUUUCAGGCUUUUCACACUAAUUACUACAAAGAAAGGAGUCUGUUAGUCUUAAUAAACUUGAUGUGCACAACAGCCAGUGUAAGGAGGAGAUUUCUUAUCCCUUUGUGUUCCAUUAAACGGGUAUUUAUGACCCUAGAGUGUUAAAACCACUAUGUAGCCCACCUGAUCUCCCCCCCCCUUUUUAUUCCUCCUUAAAUAUAGUGAAAUCUUAAAUUUAUUCCAGUCUGCUCCUCUCCUAAUCUGCCUGCUUUGCUGACUUCAUCAAAAGUGAUUCUGUCAGCCAAUCACAAUGCUUUUCUAUAGGAAAGCACUGGAUUGGCAGAGACUGUCAAGAAGGCAGAUCCAGCACAAACCAAACACAGCCCUGGCCAAUCAGCAUCUCCUGAUAGAGAUACAUUGAAUGAAGGGUGAUUGCAGAGGGUAGAGACGCUUAAUGUCAGUCACACUGUGCAGCACUGUCCCAUGAAGCACCUCUAGCAGCCAUCUGAGGAGUUAUCACUAGGCUGUAAUGUAAACACUGCAUUUUAUUUGAAAACAGUGUUUACUACAAGAAGCCUGAAGGGAAUGAUUCUACUCCCUUCAAUAUUGGAAUGGUUAAUUCCUACUACAGGGAGUGCAGAAUUAUUAGGCAAAUGAGUAUUUUGACCACAUCAUCCUCUUUAUGCAUGUUGUCUUACUCCAAGCUGUGUAGGCUCGAAAGCCUACUACCAAUUAAGCAUAUUAGGUGAUGUGCAUCUCUGUAAUGAGAAGGGGUGUGGUCUAAUGACAUCAACACCCUAUAUCAGGUGUGCAUAAUUAUUAGGCAACUUCCUUUCCUUUGGCAAAAUGGGUCAAAAGAAGGACUUGACAGGCUCAGAAAAGUCAAAAAUAGUGAGAUAUCUUGCAGAGGGAUGCAGCACUCUUAAAAUUGCAAAGCUUCUGAAGCGUGAUCAUCGAACAAUCAAGCGUUUCAUUCAAAAUAGUCAACAGGGUCGCAAGAAGCGUGUGGAAAAACCAAGGCGCAAAAUAACUGCCCAUGAACUGAGAAAAGUCAAGCGUGCAGCUGCCACGAUGCCACUUGCCACCAGUUUGGCCAUAUUUCAGAGCUGCAACAUCACUGGAGUACCCAAAAGCACAAGGUGUGCAAUACUCAUAGACAUGGCCAAGGUAAGAAAGGCUGAAAGACGACCACCACUGAACAAGACACACAAGCUGGAACGUCAAGACUGGGCCAAGAAAUAUCUCAAGACUGAUUUUUCUAAGGUUUUAUGGACUGAUGAAAUGAGAGUGAGUCUUGAUGGGCCAGAUGGAUGGGCCCGUGGCUGGAUUGGUAAAGGGCAGAGAGCUCCAGUCCGACUCAGACGCCAGCAAGGUGGAGGUGGAGUACUGGUUUGGGCUGGUAUCAUCAAAGAUGAGCUUGUGGGGCCUUUUCGGGUUGAGGAUGGAGUCAAGCUCAACUCCCAGUCCUACUGCCAGUUCCUGGAAGACACCUUCUUCAAGCAGUGGUACAGGAAGAAGUCUGCAUCCUUCAAGAAAAACAUGAUUUUCAUGCAGGACAAUGCUCCAUCACACGCGUCCAAGUACUCCACAGCGUGGCUGGCAAGAAAGGGUAUAAAAGAAGAAAAUCUAAUGACAUGGCCUCCUUGUUCACCUGAUCUGAACCCCAUUGAGAACCUGUGGUCCAUCAUCAAAUGUGAGAUUUACAAGGAGGGAAAACAGUACACCUCUCUGAACAGUGUCUGGGAGGCUGUGGUUGCUGCUGCACGCAAUGUUGAUGGUGAACAGAUCAAAACACUGACAGAAUCCAUGGAUGGCAGGCUUUUGAGUGUCCUUGCAAAGAAAGGUGGCUAUAUUGGUCACUGAUUUGUUUUUGUUUUGUUUUUGAAUGUCAGAAAUGUAUAUUUGUGAAUGUUGAGAUGUUAUAUUGGUUUCAUUGGUAAUAAUAAAUAAUUGAAAUGGGUAUAUAUUUGUUUUUUGUUAAGUUGCCUAAUAAUUAUGCACAGUAAUAGUCACCUGCACACACAGAUAUCCCCCUAACAUAGCUAUAACUAAAAACAAACUAAAAACUACUUCCAAAAAUAUUCAGCUUUGAUAUUAAUGAGUUUUUUGGGUUCAUUGAGAACAUGGUUGUUGUUCAAUAAUAAAAUUAAUCCUCAAAAAUACAACUUGCCUAAUAAUUCUGCACUCCCUGUAGUGCUAAGUGCUGUCAUUGAUGUGUGUUAUUUUUUAUUAUAUAUUUAUUUAUUUUUUGGGGGUGGGGGGGAGGAGGUUGGCAUGUCUUUCUGGAAUUUACCUCACAUGUAUGGAAAAGUAUUGUCACUUUUUUCUUUGGAUACAUGUGGUACAGUAACAUUUAUCUCUUAUUUGAAAUAGUUUUUGCUAGCCCUUUUCUAACAUUUUUAGUAUGUGUAUUCCUACAAGCAAUGCUAAUGACUUGUCUUCUCAUUGUAGCUCGGGGAAUUGUACAGAGGACAGAAAGAUAUCGGCCCUCAUUUCACUGAAUCUUACGUAACUGCGUUCAGGUAAGACAGACCAUCUAGACAUAUGUAACCUAGAUGUAAAUCUCUCCCCAUGACGUGUGUGCGUAUAUCUAUACUGUAUAAUCUACUCUGGGAAGUUGAACCAGUGCUAGAUUUUCUUUCCUCAAACCUUUUCUGCUCUGUUUUUGCAGUGAAGGCAGUGUGAUUGCGUAUUACUUGUCGGAGUUCUCUGUGCCAUCUUAUAAAGCAGAAGUUUUGGAUAAUGCUGUGCUCAAUUUAAAGAUCCAGUCUGUCAAUCUGCGGAUGCGGCAAAUUCUGUCUGUCGACUCCUUCGAAGCAUAUCGUAAGUGAUUCGCUCCUGAACUUGAGAUCCGUUUUUAGUAAACGUGCUUUACCGAAUAAAUUACAAUACUUUUUUUAAAACACGCAUUCAAAACCAGUCCCAGAAAAUGAGGACUGUCUACUGAAUCAGAAAUGUUCUUGAUGUGAAUGUAGUCUAUGCAGAAUGAAUAUAUUUAUACAUUCUCUCUCUCUCUCUCUCUCUCUCUCUCUCUCUCUCUCCAGCUCUUGAUGCUAACUUGGCAAGAAGUUUCAGAAACAGUAAGUGUUUUUUGCAUCUUAUAUGAAUGUGAACUCUAACGCCCCUGGAAAAUUUUAACCAAAUGUCUUCAUUGUGCCUGGUGCAUUAAUUAGUCUACAUCCCAAUAUAAAUGUUUGGAAUAUUGAAAUCUCUGAGACCCGAUGAUCUGCUCCCUCACACUCGCCUACCCAUGUUACCGCCAUGUUUUCAUUAAACUGAGUCAGUCAGCUCCUCAAUAUCGGUAUUCCAUUACUCUUGUGUUGAGUGAGAAUCGAGAUAUGAUGUGAUAGCUCUGCACCCUUAGUGACCACAUGUGGGAGCUGGGAUUAUUACUAAAUUUAACUUAUUACAUUUAGGUCUUUUGAUAUAGAAUGAAUAUAAUAAAGGAACCCAAAAAGCUAACCUGUACAAUGACAGUCCCUCCAAUACACACGCACAUAAACUAUUGUAUAUACAGAAAUAAGCUGUAAGUGAUCUAAAUAUGAUGUAUCCAGUGUUUCGGGGUGUAGCUUAAUUUAUAAUUUAGUGAAUGUAAGUAACAACACAUGAAAGACCAUGUGCGUGUGUUGCAUUACUAUCCUGAUGUAUGGAAGCUUAAACUCUGGAAUUGAACUGUAUAUAUAAAUAUCAUUUUAUAUUCCUGUGAAUGGUGUGAGACUUUAUAUAGACAUAGGAUUACAUCCCAUGCUUCUGGCAUAUUGGAGCCAGUGUCUGCUGCCUCUAGUUUCAUAUAAUUUUUUUGGGGGGGGGGGGUUCUCACGAUGUCCCGCUGCAGAUCCCUAGUCACACUGGUUCUGUGUUGGAUAAAUCUUUUAUUUUUUUUAAAUUUCUUUUCUAGACAGUUGUAGUUACUUUCUGCAUGCCAAACCUGGUGAAGUGACAAAAUUUUCAACUCCCGGCUUUCCCAACACUCCGUACCCACCAAACAUGCGAUGUCAGUGGACGCUACGUGCAGACGCUGGACAUGUGAUCCGUCUGCACUUCAAAACCUUCAAAAUGGACAUUUGUAAAGAUCUAACAGGGGAUUAUGUUAAAUUAUACGACUCUCUGAGCAUUGCAGAGAAUCGACGUAUGAUGACGUAAGUGAAACGUGUGUCCAUCUUGCAAUCUUGUUUUCUUUUUUCUUUUGAAUUUAUUUCGAUAGUUUAUUAAAACACAAAGUAUUUAUACAUCUCCUCUCCUGACCUAUGUCUGCAUAACCUAUCGAUAAAUAUUAUCUGUAGUUAAAAACAUCAAGUGUUUAGUACAUUUUAGUCAAUGAACCCCUACAGCCAACGCAUUUUGCGUUGGCUUUUUAUUGUCCAUUUUUUACAGUAUUUACAAUAUUACUACUUCUCGUUCCCAGAUUGUGUGGCAGUUAUCCUCCUUCCUACAACCUCACCUUCUUUUCAUCUCAGAACGUAAUGUUGGUGACACUUGUUACAGACAGCAAGGGGAGACAGCCGGGAUUCAUGGCUCAAUUCAGGCAGAUCCCACAGACUACACGUAAGAUACUUAAAUAGGCCUCUGUGCCACGUAUACAGGGAGAUCCUAAAUUACUCCUCUCUGUUUCACGGAUACAGGGGAAUCUUACUGAUCGAUAGAUGCAAAACUCUCUCUCUCUAUCUACCUAUCUACACGUGUGGUGUGUGUAUAUGUAUGUGUAUAUAUAUUAUGCCCGAUAUAUAUCUAAUUUAUAAAAAAAAAUCUUUCGCUCUCUUUCUCGCUCUCUUUCUCGCUCUCUUUCUCGCUCUCUUUCUCGCUCUCUUUCUCGCGCUCUCUUUCUCGCGCUCUCUUUCUCGCUCUCUCUUUCUCUCGCUCUCUCUUUCUCUCGCUCUCUCUUUCUCUCGCUCUCUUUCUCUCGCUCUCUCUCUCUCGCUCUCUCUCUCUCGCUCUCUUUCUCUCGCUCUCUUUCUCUCGCUCUCUUUCUCUCGCUCUCUUUCUCUCGCUCUCUUCUCUCUUGAAACCUCUUUCUCUGCUCUCUCUUUCUCACCGGCUCUCUCUCUCUCUCUCUCUCUCUCUCUCUCUCUCUCUCUCUCUCUCUCUCUCGCUCUCUCUCUCUCUCGCUCUCUCUUUCUCUCGCUCUCUCUUUCUCUCGCUCUCUCUUUCUCUCGCUCUCUCUUUCUCUCGCUCUCUCUUUCUCUCGCUCUCUCUUUCUCUCGCUCUCUCUUUCUCUCGCUCUCUCUUUCUCUCGCUCUCUCUUUCUCUUCCCCCCCCCUCCACCCCCCUGGAUGGCAUGGUUAUUCCUCAUUCUCGGGUCCUCUACCAGAGACUUGGGAGUUUGGGGGUUCUGGGCAGUAUAUUAACUGUUCCUAGAACUGCACUAUUCUGGACAGCAAUCUCAGAUGUCCCACUUGUCUAUCACCACUUGCUUGUCUGUCUUGAGGUCUCACAGGAUCUUAGCCCUGUCAUUAUCAACUAUCCUUUGUGGUAUAUCCUAUCUGGACUAAGGCCGGUCCAAUCCAUAUUCUGUGCAGGUGUUUUGGUACACAUGCUGUCCCUGCUAACCUCUUGCAUCCUGCUAUUAGGUGCUGGACUGUCUCAGAGGCCUCUUUGCACAGUCUGCACCUUGGGUCUUGCCUGGUGUGGUAGACUCCAGCUUCUAUUGAUCUGGUGCUGAGUGCCUGCUCCUGUGUUGCUAGGAUUAGUGCCUCAGUGCUGUCUUUCAGUCCUGCCUUUUCCAACCACUGUAGGAUUUUAUCAUGUGAGCCACAUUCACAAUCUGCUGGUGGUACACCCCAUGGAGAGGUUUGUCUUGCUAAGGAACCUCUUCUUUUUCUGCAUCCUCUGUCUGUUGAAGUCUCAGGCAUUCCCUUAGCAGUUCAUCUGUGGGAGCUAUAUUUGUGAUGUACUUGUGGAUGCUCUGUGUUUCACCCAGGACUGUGGCCUUGACACUAUCUAUCUAUCUAUCUAUCUAUCUAGACUUAACAAAUCCUUCCUCCCAGCUACCGCAGUUUGUUUUAUAAAUAUUUACUUGUUUGUUUUGCAGUGUGUGGGGGUAUUAUUCGUAAUUCUGAAGGAGUAAUUACUAGCCCCUUCUACCCAGCUCAUUACCAGGCGAACAGAGAGUGUAUCUGGGAUAUCCAGGUAGGUAGCUUUAUUUCCAGGGAUGUAUAUAAUAAGUACCGUGUCGGUACAUAUUAACGCUAUUUACUGCUAUCGCUAUUUUGAAUACAAAUGUCCAAACCGGCUAGAUAUAUUCACAGAAUUUAGUGACCCCUUUAUGCUUUUCCUCCCAUUCCCUCUAUUCCAUCCUCUUCGUUUUGAUGGUGCAGCCAUAUCGCAUGCACCAUGAGUCUCUUGCACUCUGUGUAACUUUUCGUCUUUUCCAUAGGUUCCUGGCGAUAAAUAUGUGAAAAUCCGCUUUAACAUGUUCUACUUGUUGGAGACUGGCGCAUCAGAAAAUUCCUGCACUAAAGAUUUUGUGGAAAUCAAUCAUCAGAAGUGAGUUCAGUUUGACAACCAAUGUCUGCCUGUAUCUACACUCAGAAUGUCUCUAUAAAGUAACAUAAAAAUUUUGUUUUCAAGCUUUUAAUCUAGAAUUACUCAAAAUGCAAAUAUUAAAUAAAGCAGCAAGUUGUACUACACACACACACACCUGUGUUAUGGCUUAUAAUCACUAAAUACCAGCUCAGAUUUUUCUCAAUUCACAUAGAUCUGCUGUAGGCUUUGGGUUCGGACAUUUAAAGACUGGUGAACAUUGUAUUCUACAGGCAAAGGGUGUUUUCUGGUUUUAUUUUGAAUUGCAAUAAUGUUUGACGCUUUGACCAUCACUGUCCUUCCUCAGGUACUGCGGGGAGAAAAAGCCAUUUGUUGUUUCAAGCAACAGCAAUAAAAUGACGGUUCGAUUCCGUUCGGACCAGUCUGUAACGGACACCGGAUUUACUGCCGAUUAUCUUUCCUACGAUUCUCAAAACCGUGAGUAUUCCAAAGUACAUUGUGUGCUGGAUAUGCGCAGAAGACUGAUAGAAGUCAAGCCGUGCACACUGACUAAUCAGAUCGGAAAAUAAUUGGGCUUUGCAAUACUUUAAAAUAACGUUUAAAACUUUAAAAGUUAAACCCUUUAGAAAUAUAUUUUAAAAUAAAUAAAUAAAAAGAUCUAUAUUUAACAGUUCUACACUGUACAAUCUUGGGGUCUGUUACUUCAUGUACUGCAUCUCUGACACCAGCUCACAGCGCAUGCAUUUUAAGGGAGCGGAGAUCUCGCAGGUGAUAAUAAACGUUUUAAACUUGGACCGAAAGAAAACAAACAGCUGAAUCAGAGACACAUUUUACAUAAAGAACAUCUCCUAGGAUGGUCCUUUCUCUGACUCUUUGGAGGUGUUGGCACAGUCUAAUAUAUUCCUUUUACAGAGAUGAUUUUGUUUGACGUGGCUUACUUUUUUAUACGAUAAAAACUGCUGCAGUUUGAAAGCGGACACAGUUUUCAAGGUGUUACAUGGAAUCGUGGGAAAAUGGUGUAAUUUCUUGAAAGUCUAAUCUCAAAUGUUGUGUAGUUUGACUGUUCCUGUAUGGGGAAGGACUAUAACCACUUCUUUUUAAUUUAUGAAAUGCAGCUUGUCCGGACAAAUUCACGUGUAAAGACCGCAGGUGCAUUAACAUGGCGCAGCAAUGUGACGGCUGGAAUGACUGCAGCGAUUUCAGCGAUGAACUUAAUUGCAGUAAGUAUGAAAUGCAAGGUAUAUUUGAGAGCUAUGUUAAUGCAAGAAAUAAGAGGGUGCUAGCGUGUAAGGAAUACAACUUUGUAUUUUAGCCUAAAAAAAUGUCUGGCACUCCAAUCCAGUCUCCAUUUUCACAUGACAUUUAUAUUUCACACCACCUGCCCGAUAUCUAGUUGAGUUUUGGAUACUCUGUGGAUUCCAGUGAAGCUCUUUAAAAAUGUUUUUUUUUUUUUGUUUGUUUUUUUUAGAUUGUUCUGCAAGUCAAUUCCGCUGUAAGAACAGCCAAAUCUGCAAACCAAAAUUUUUCUUGUGUGAUGGCGUGGACGAUUGUGGGGACCGCAGCGAUGAAAAGGAUUGUGGUAAUUUCUAUUGUAAUUUUUAUAACAGCGUGACACAAUGUUACAGCGGGAUGCCUAUCUGUACUUACCUGGAUCUUCUUAAUCAGGGGUAGGCACACCAGGUAUGGUGGACUAAAACUCCCAUAAAGCGGCAAAGCAUCAGGGGAGAUUGUAAUAAAUAUGCAUUCUACAGAAGGUUGCCAAUCCCCUGGUUUAAAUUCUGCAGUAUAUAAUAUUAUUAGUCUGCCAAUGAUGACUGUUCCAGGGCUUUAUUAUAGAAUCCGUUCUCUGGCUGACCCAUUAAGCUAGUCACACUUACUCUGUAUUUAUAAUCUUAAUAUCAGUAAUCCAUCUGAUUAACUCAAAUAAAUAAUAAAUGUUACAAUUGCAGAAGCUGCGAAAUCCCUGAGCUGUCUGGAUGUGCAAUGCUGAACGCACUCUCGCUAUAGAGUGAGCGCGUCCAAUGCAUUGCUGCUUCGACGGGUCUUAUUCCAUAUCUGGGUGAUGCAUCCUUUUAUCAUGAAACAGAGGUGUAAAAAAAUAAAUUAAAAAAUUGCUAAAUUCCUGUGCAUCUCAAUAUGGCUCUAAUUUCCUGCAGGAAAUGUGGUUGUCAUUUCCCCUCCAAGCUUCUAUUUCUGCCAUAUUGAGGCCACACAGAAGAUUCUGAUCGAUUUUAAGAUUAAAUCAUAUGAGGUUAGCAUAUGAGAUAUUUUUGUUUUUAAGGCAUCCAGAGUCUCACUGGCCUCUUUGAAAAUUUUGUUUCAGGAUGUCCUGAUAAUAACUUUCAAUGCACGAACAAAAAGUGUAUCCCCGAGGCACAGAAAUGUGACAAAACCGAUAACUGCGGAGACGGCUCGGAUGAGAUUGGCUGUCCAGAGGGUGAGUGUUUAUACCUCCAGGCUCCAAAGCCUUUUUUAUUUUAUUAAUGCUUAAUUGUACGAACAUGGGACUUGGAUGGAAAAUUGUGUGUGUGUGUGUGUGUGGACCUGCACUACAGAGAAUGUACCUAUCAUGUCUGCAGCGUGUAGAGACCUCAUGGUAUCUUUGCAGCAGUGGUACGAAGCAUGCUUUAAAAAGUCACCUUUUACAGUAGUAAUAAUAAAUCUAAGUGGCACAGGUACAUCUGUUAAGUUGGUGAUCACGUACUGAGAUGUACUAAAUAUAGUGAUGGAAUUUAUCUGGAUAAUAUAGGUCGAAACCGUCAUUUCGUUACAUUAGUGAUGUCGCAUAGUUUAUAGUUCUGUGCAUCUCUAUUUACAAUGAACGAAUUGUACGUACUAAAGCAUAAUUUAAGUUUUUAUAACAUAAAAUAAAAUGUUGACUUAUAAUACUAAUAUAUAAAUUUAUUUUAGAAGCGUAUUUAAUCAUUCAAUAAAUGUUUCCACAUUUUCUCACUUUUUGUUUCAUUGGUUUCAGUCCCUCCCAACACCUGUACAAAGUUUACCUAUAAAUGCAAGAACAAUCAGUGCAUCACAAAGACCAACCCAGAUUGCGAUGGUGUACAGGAUUGCCAAGAUGGCUCAGAUGAGGACACAAAUAUGUGCAGUAAGUUGUGCCAUUCUCUGGUCAUUUGACCUCUCCCAUUUUUAAAACUUUUUUUUAUUUUAUUUUUGUUCACACUGAACGCCUUACUUGACUUGUGCUCAGCAAAAUGUCCGGUUCUUUUGAAUUGAUUGAUUUCUGAUUUCCAAAAUUUUUUGUGAACAGUUGAAAUUUGGAUUUGGUUGGAAACUUCCAAAGCAAUAAAAUUAGGAAAAAAUUGCUUUAGAGACUCUAAAAACAAAAACAAAACAAAAAGAACCACUCAAACUGAAUGUUAGUGGUUCAGAAUUGGUGUUAAGUGGCAGUAGAUACUAGCAGUAUGCACCACAAACUGAAAUCCAAAUUCUGAAUCCACCAAAACGGCUCAGUUUAUUCGGUUGGGUGAAGUUUAGUUUGGAAUUAGGAGCCAAAUCUCCAAAUUUACCCCUUACUGCUCUGGAGCCCUCUGAUGUUACACUGAUUUGUAAGUUUAUAUUCCGUUCCAUAUAGCAAUAAUUUAAAUACUGGUUUGUGCCUUUUAUCAUCUCACAUUAAGACACCGCAUUUGAGCACUGUGUAGAUUUCAUGGAUCUUAUCUAAUUAUUUUCUCCAAAACUUUUAAACUUUUCUGUUUUAAAGUUUUAUAAAAACAGGUCUUUUAAUUUAAUAAAUGUGUGUGUGUGUGUGUGUGUGUGUGUGUGUGUGUGUGUGUGUGUGUGUGUGUGUGUGUGUGUGUGUGUGUGUGUGUGUAUGUGUAUAUAUAUUUCUGUUUGCAAAAUUAAAAAUGCCUGCACCAAUGCUCUUUUUAAGGUUUUUUUUUUUUUCUCUCCUGAUUAAAAGCAUGCAGAAUGUUGAGUAUCAGUUUCUAAGACACAGACAUGUAACUUAGGCAAUAUUGAAAAAAUAAAUAAAAAGUUUAGUGGACACACAAAACCAUUGCAUUAUGUUUAAUUAACCUCAGAUAAUUAACGGUCUUGGUUUUCCUCUCUCCUUCAGACUGUGGCAAGCGCCCAUAUUCCCGCAAAACCAGGAUUGUGGGUGGGGUGAAUGCAGAUGUUGGCGAGUUCCCUUGGCAAGUCAGUCUACACGCCCGAAAUGACGGACACGCGUGUGGGGCCUCGCUGGUUUCCCCCACACUUUUAUUAUCUGCUGCCCACUGCUUUCAGGACCUACAAGGAAUACGGUAUGCAGCCAUUUCUAACGGUCAUUCUGUAAAAAUAAAAGAAGGCCAUAUGUGGAACAUUCAUUCCCAAUAAUGUGUACUUACUGGUAGCAGCACUGUUAUAUCCUAUACACGUAGUUUUUCAUCAUUUAUAUAGCUUGCAAAUCAAAGAAAUUAUUGGUUUCUGAUCUUUAUGACAUUAUUUUGUAACUCAUCUGAGCUUUUCCCAGUCAUUAAAUGUCCUAUUUAAGCAUACAGAUGUAAAAGAAUGUCCUAAAACAGAAAACCGGUAUUCAAUAUUUUGUCUUUUGUUACAGAUAAGUUGGUAGUAAAAGGGCUAAGAACAUUUAUAUAGAAAUAGGUUAAUAAAACCUGGGUAAUUUCUUAGGGGUGUAGUCAACACAGCAUGGAGAAUUUGUUGGCAAGUGUCUUUUUUUAGAGCGUGCAAAAUCACAGAACAUGUUUUAAUGUCCACAGGAACCGCUUUAAACGAGUUUAGUUAUGUGUAUACCCUUUGUUUAUAUCUACAGGUACUCUGACCCCUCCUUAUGGACGGCUUACCUGGGACUCCACAACCAGGCCCAGCGCACCAGCCAAAAUGUUGUGCAGCGCUCAAUAAAACGCAUUGUGGCACAUAAAAGUUUUAGUGACUAUACCUACGAUAAUGACAUCGCCAUGUUGGAAUUAAGUAGCCCAGUGACCUACACGGACUUUAUCCAACCGAUCUGCAUCCCAGACAGCACACGUACUUUUCCUGUUGGCAAAAGUUUGUGGGUGACAGGAUGGGGAGCGCUAAUUGAAGGGGGUAAGGAGGCGUUUUGCAUGUUUUGGCUCUCUGUGCCCAUCCAUUAACCCAACACAUCCAAAUGGACAGCAUAUCCUUUACUGCUAUGUGAAAGGGGUCUGAUCAGAAUGUGUAAUCCCUCAAAUCUAAAUCUUAUAAAAUCAGUAGAUCCAGUCAUAUUCUGCUGUUAUGUUAAUAAUCCAGAAAUGCAAAGAUAAAAUCUUGAUGUCAACAAAGAAAAUAGAAUUACAUAACGCUCCAACCAUUAAAGGUCAACUCCCAGCAUCCUCAUGCAAUGACUGGCUGAGGUUUAAGGCACCUGGUUAUUGGGGGGGUCACUAAAACUACUAUUGAAUUGACAUCGGCAGCUUUAAAGACCGAAGUAUCAGUGGUGAAAAGAUGAGGAUAAUGAGGGGACAGGGGUAUUGGCAUUUAAGAAAGGUAAAAGCCAUGAGUUGAAGAAAUGAAGAGGAGGACACUGUAUUCAUCAUUGUUUCCUUUUUAGGAACUGGAGCAUCUGUCUUACAGAAAGCGGACAUCCGUAUCAUUAACUAUAAUGAAUGUAACCAGCUCCUUGAAAACCAGUUGACGGAACGUAUGAUCUGCGCUGGUUUUGUCUCUGGAGGAAUCGACGCUUGUCAGGUAGUUUGAUACUAUAACUAGGGGGUGCUUUUCGUCCUAGCCCUUCCUGUGUGCCAUGGUACAGCUUUCCUGGAGGACAAAAAAAUUAAACCAAAUAUUAAUCUUAAAUGGCCUAAUUCAUUCUUUGUAAAAAUAAACCAUAAAAAAAAAAGCAAAAACAAACUUUCAAACUAUAUAUGUAAUAACUAUGCGGUCUAUUUUACAAUUAUAUCCAUUAGCAGAUUGUAUCAUACACCAUGCUGUCUGUUUGCCCAUGGUCCUGGUCCUGGCAUGCCUGAUGCUGACAGCCUGCUUAAGAGUCCACAGAAAACUCGGGUGCCUUAACACGUUUCCCCUUCCUUUCUUCCGCCCUCCCCUCCCACCCCUGCCCAGGCUACCUACCUCCAGGGAGUAGCCUAGUGUCACUUUGAAAUAGUGGUGUAAAGUUUUUUUGUUUUUUUUAAGUUUUUACAUUUAUACACAGCACAUUGUAACCAUGUCUUUCCUUACAUUUUAUAGGGUGACUCGGGUGGACCCCUGUCCAGUUUGGAAAGUAAUAAUAAAAUGUACCUGGCUGGUGUCGUAAGCUGGGGUGAUGGCUGCGCCCGUAGGAAUAAACCUGGCAUCUAUACAAAUGUUACUGCUAUGAGAGACUGGAUCAAAGUAAACACUGGCCUGUAGUGGCUCUUUAACCAAACUAUGAAGGAUUUAAGGCUUCUGGAUUUUUAUACAUAUUUUUUAAAAUCAUUUUUGGUAUUUUUUUUUUUUUUUUUUUUAAAUAAUUUUUUUUUAGGGAUAUUGACAUAUAGCCCAUCUGUGAUUUCAUGAGAUUAUAAAAGACACGCUCCUCGUGACUGCACUGGCGAUCGGUAGGAACUAUUGAGCCGAUUUUUGUUCUGCCUGAUCUUGCUGGCUCCUCGGACCUAUAACUAUAUCAAGUGAGUUGAGGACUUUAAUAUUGGACUUCUCAUUGCCAAUAUACUCCCCAGAAAGGCCAGGAGAUAACAAGCAGCUAUCUGAAAAACCAGCGGAUUUCUCUUGAAUCUUCUGUAUGUGUAAUACGGGUGAUAUGGCUUUUGUGCAAUAGACCAAUGUUCUCGUUGUCCUUCGUCAAAUGCGUACGCUCCUCAGGUGGACUAGAUGUCUGAGUAGCACUUAAGGUCUUAAGACUCUGCCUUCUGAACCUGAACAAGCUUUCUCCUGUCUUUCUACCAUUUUGAAACUGGCUUGGCCAAAAGAAAGUUUUUGUAAGAGGACAAUCUGUAUGUGGAACAUUUUACUCUUAGUCUAACACAUAUCUGACAUUUUUAUAUGUUUGCUGUAUCUUGUCUUCUGUGUGAUCGGUGAAAAUGUUGCUGUUGAUAAUUGUGAUUUUUUUUUUUUUUUUUUAGGGUUUUAAACACUCCAUUCCGAAUUGUUGAACUAUGUAAAAAAAAAAAAAAAAAAAAUGGUGGAAAUUUCUUACAAAAAAGUUUGAUUCUCAAGUUCUCUCUAUAAGGCAUUUUAUUAUUUUUUAAAGCACUGACAUUCAGUAUAUGUGAACAAAGUUGUUAAUCCUAUAAUAUUUGUGGUUCAUAAAUAAAAUGUUAAAUCAGUUUGUCGUCUUACCACAUUGCAGAACAAUGGGCUACAGAAAAGAAAUUCUGAUAAAUUAAUAAUUAUGGCUAGCAAAUAUUUUAUUUCCC